GUCUACUGCAUCCCCCCUCUUCCCGUUUUCACCUGGACAAUAUGUCGCCCGCCGUAGGAGAUAGCUCUUCCGCCUUCAAGUCCGAUACCGCUAUCGUCACCCAAGAGAUCGAUAUCCUGCCCAACGUCGACGACGGUCGCCCAAGGAAGGGCGUGCGUUUCUGGCUCGUCUUUCUCGCCAUAUGCGUCUCCCUUUUCCUUUCUGCCCUUGAGUAUACGGCAGUGUCUACUGCCCUGCCAACUAUCGUGCAUGACCUGAACGGCGGCGACUUCGUGUGGGUUGGGUCGGCCUAUGCGCUCGCGUCCACCGCUCUCCUCCCUGCUACCGGAGGAAUGGCCGAGAUUUUCGGGCGACGGACGUCCGUGCUAUUGGCUCAAGCAAUGUUCGCACUGGGCAGCGCUCUCUGCGGAUCCGCCAAGAGCAUGAACUGGCUCAUUGCAGCACGAACUAUCCAGGGUGCGGGUGGUGGCGGGCUGCUAGCAAUCACAAGUAUCGUUAUUUCAGACCUUGUGCCGCUGGCGGAACGCGCCAUGUACAACGGACUGGUCGGUUUGACCUGGGGUCUCGCGGCAGCUAUGGGCCCUGUCGUAGGCGGAGCCCUCGCCCAACGGGGACAGUGGCGAUGGUUGUUCUAUCUCAACCUACCCUUGACGGGCUUUGCUGCGAUCUUGGUGGUUGCAUUCCUCAAGCUCCAGACACCUCCCGGUUCGUUAAGGGAGAAAUUGUCCCGUAUGGACUGGAUUGGCAAUUUCCUCAUCAUUGCGUCCUCUAGCUCAUGUGUCAUUGCGCUCACCUGGGGUGGUGUCAAGUUCCCUUGGAAGUCGGCGCACAUCCUGGUGCCUUUGAUCCUUGGUCUCGUCGGCAUUGUCGCGUUUUUUGUUUACGAAGCCAAGGUCGCCAAGGAGCCAAUCGUUCCUUUUGCGCUGAUCUCCAAUCGAACCAGUUUGAGCGGAUACAUUCAAACCUUUAUUGGUCCCGUCGUGGUGAUCUCCGCUAUUUAUUUCCUUCCUGUAUACUACCAAAGCUGCUUGAACGCUUCCCCUACGCGUUCUGGUGUCGAGCUCUUCGGCCUCGCCAUCCCGCUUGGACCUUCGCUGCUGCUUACGGGCGCUAGCAUUGCCAAGACAAAGUCGUACCGCGUGCAGCUCUGGCUUUCGUGGGCCCUCACCGUCGCGGCCAUGGGCGCCAUGUCCACGAUCAAGGCAGACAGCCCGUCCAUGCACGGCAUCGGCUUCCCGAUCUUGCUCGGCGUCGGCUGCGGCAUCUUCUACGCUGCGACCUACUUCCCCGUUCUGGCGCCGCUUCCCGUCACCGAGAACGCACACGCGCUCGCGCUCUUCUCGUUCUGCCGCUCGUUCGCAGGUGUGUGGGGAGUCACGAUCGGCACCACGGUGCUGCAAACGCAGCUAACACAGCGCCUGCCGGCCGACUUCAUCGCGCAGGUCCCCGGCGGCGUCUCGCUCGCCUUCGCGCUCAUCCCCGUCGUGCCGACGCUCCAGGAGCCGUUCCGGACCGAGGUCAAGGUCGCCUUCGCGGAGAGCGUCGCGACGAUUUGGAAGGUCAUGGCUGGCAUCGCGGGCAUCGGCUUCCUCGCGUCACUGGCCAUGAAGGCCCUGCCCCUCCACAACCAGGUCGACCGCAAGUGGGCCCUCGCCGAGGACUCGGGCGCUCCGAAGGCUUCGAACGGCGGGGACGUGGAGCUUCAGACCGCGGAGCUGUCGAAGUAGCUGUAUGCCACUCACGGAUGUUCUCUUCAAUAUGGUGCGCCUAAGCGUAUGUGUAGUCGUACAUUGUAAAUAGUAGGCAAGGUCUAUGUCUAUAUAUCCACUCCUUUAAACCAAUGAAGUCAA